GACAUCAGGAGGCUGGGAGCCAGACCUUGGUGGACAUGGACUCAUGGUGGGCCUGUGCCCUGAAGGCUGGGACUGGACGCUGCCACACAAGACCUGCCUGCCCUGCCAGGGCCCACGUCACAGGCCUCCAAGGACAACCCCUCUCCUGUCACUUCUCUCGGUGGUGUUUUGGGGUGGCCUCCUGUGGGCCGGAUCCCUCUUCCAUCUGGUGUUGGGGGCAGGGACCUUCACUGUGGGGGUACUGGGUCCCUGGGAUUGUGAUUCCAUCUUUGCCCAGGCCCUCCCAAGUAUAGCUGCCCAGCUGGCUGUGGAUCAAGCCAAUCAGGACUCCUCACUAUCACUAGACUCACAGCUGGCUUCUGUGGUCCUCCCCUCAGGCUGCAACACUCCUCAAGCCCUGGCCACAAUGCUAGCCCACAAGAAUACUGUGGAUGCGUUUGUGGGCCCUGUCAAUCCUGGUUACUGCCCAGCAGCAGCCCUGCUGGCCCAAAGCUGGGGAAAGACUCUCUUCUCCUGGGUGUGUGAGGCUCCAGAGGGUGGAGGUGAUUUGGUGCCCACCUUGCCCUCCGCUGCCCACGUGAUGCUGUCUGUCAUGAGACACUUUGGCUGGGCUCACUCAGCUAUUGUGUCCUCCCACCAAGAUGUCUGGGUGGCCACAGCCCAGCGGCUGGCCAUGACUUUCAGGACACAUGGGCUACCUGUAGGGCUGGUAACCUCUCUGGGACCUGGGGGUCAAGGGGCCCCAGAGGUUUUAAAACAGCUCUGCAGUAUGGAUGGCCUGAAAAUUGUGGUGCUGUGUAUGCACUCAGCGUUGCUGGGGGGCUUGGAACAGACUGCCCUGCUGGGCCACGCCGGUGCCCAGGGCCUGGCGGAUGGGAGGCUGGUCUUCCUGCCCUAUGAUACACUCCUCUUUGCCCUGCCCUACCGCAACCGCUCCUACCCCAUCCUGGGCAACAGCGGGCCCCUGCAGAAGGCCUACGACGCGGUGCUCACUGUCAGCCUGGAGUCCAGCCCUGAGAAUGAGGCUUUUGGUGCUGCUGGGGUGGGGAGAGAAGCGGCUGCCCACCUGGAGCCAGAGCAGGUGUCCCCACUCUUUGGAACCAUCUAUGAUGCGGUUGUCCUGUUGGCCCAUGCCCUGAACCACUCUGAAAGCCAUGAGGCAGGGCUUUCAGGAGCUCAUUUAGGGGACCAUACAGGGGAUCUUGAUGUGGCAGGCUUUAGCCAGAGGAUCCGGACCAAUGAGAAGGGCAGGAGGCUGGCCCAGUAUGUCAUCUUGGAUACAGAUGGUCAAGAAAGCCAGCUAGUCCCCACCUACACUCUGGACACAGCCACAUGGCAAGUGCAGCCCCUGGGCAAGACUAUACACUUUCCAGGAGGGGCUCCUCCAGCCCGUGACUCCAGCUGUUGGUUUGAUCCCAACAAAUUAUGUAUGAGAGGUACACAGCCCUUGAGCAGCCUCCUGACUCUGUCACUGACCUGCAUCCUGGUGCUGGCUGGAGGGGCCCUCGUUGUCCUCAUCAGACUAGGCAUCCAGCAGCUGAAGCAGGCAUGGGGCCCCCAUCACAUCUUGCUGACAGCCCAAGAACUCACUUUCCUCCACAGACCUCCAAGCCGACAGCAGCUGAACAUGGACAGUGCAAGCGAAUCGAGAAGCAUUGCGGAUGGUGGAAGCCUGAGAUCAGUGGCCGAGGGGUCAGCAAGGAGCCUGCUAGCACCCCAGGAAGCCAACAACAUGGCCCUAUACCAGGGAAAAUGGGUUUGGCUGAAGAAGUUUGAAGCAGGCACAGCUCCUGAGCGGCACCCCAGCUGCCUCAGCCUCCUGAGAAAGAUGCGAGAAAUGCAGCAUGAGAAUGUCACCACCUGCCUCGGCUUUUUCGUGACCCCUGGGGUCAGUGCUCUGGUGCUGGAGUACUGUACCCGGGGCAGCCUGGAGGACCUGCUACGGAAUGAGGCCCUGCGACUAGACUGGACCUUCAAGGCCUCCCUACUGCUGGAUUUGAUCCAAGGCAUGCGGUAUCUACACCAUCGGCACUUGACCCACGGCCGCCUCAAGUCCCGGAACUGUGUGAUGGACAGCCGUUUUGUGCUCAAGAUCACUGACUAUGGCUAUGCCAAGCUCCUGGAUACCCAGCAGUCACCCCAACCCCAGCCAGCCCCAGAAGAGUUGCUGUGGACGGCUCCUGAGCUGCUGCGGGGUCCCCAGGAGCCCAGGCAGGGCACCUUCAAAGGGGAUGUGUUCAGCAUGGGCAUCAUCCUUCAGGAAGUGCUGACCCAAAGCCCCCCGUACUUUUCCUCAGGGCUCUCAGCAGAAGAAAUCAUCAGGAAGGUGGCAUUUCCCCCUCCCCUGUGCCGGCCACUGGUGUCUCCUGACCAUGGGCCACCUGCAUGUAUCCAGCUCAUGAAGCAGUGCUGGGAAGAAGCUCCUGAUGACAGACCAAGCCUGGACCAGAUCUACACCCAGUUCAAAAGCAUCAGCCAAGGCAAGACGAGCAAUGUUGCCGAUUCCAUGCUGCAGAUGCUGGAGAAGUAUUCCCAGAGCCUGGAGGACCUGGUCCAGGAGAGAACGGAGGAACUGGAGCUGGAGAGGCGAAAGACAGAAAGGCUGCUCUCACAGAUGCUCCCCCUGUCUGUGGCUGAAGCUCUGAAGAUGGGGGCAACUGUGGAGCCAGAGUACUUUGACCAGGUUACCAUAUACUUCAGUGACAUUGUGGGUUUCACUACCAUCUCAGCCCUGAGUGAACCCAUUGAGGUGGUGGGCUUGCUCCAUGACCUCUAUACACUGUAUGAUACUGUUCUGGGCAGCUAUGAUGUAUAUAAGGUGGAGACCAUUGGGGAUGCCUACAUGGUGGCUUCGGGACUGCCCCAGCGCAAUGGGAGCCGGCACGCAGCCGAGAUUGCCAACAUGGCCCUGGACAUCCUCAGCUCUGUAGGUGGCUUCCGGAUGCAGCAUGCGCCCAAUGUACCCAUUCAUAUCAGGGCUGGGCUGCACUCAGGGCCCUGUGUGGCAGGGGUCGUGGGUGUCACCAUGCCUCGGUACUGCCUCUUUGGGGACACUGUCAACACUGCAUCCCGGAUGGAGUCCACAGGCCUGCCCUACAGAAUCCACAUCAGCCGAAGCACAGUCCAAGCCCUGCUCAGCCUUGAUGAAGGCUACAAAAUUGAUGUCAGAGGUCAGACAGAGCUGAAGGGAAAGGGCAUGGAGGAGACCUACUGGCUGGUAGGGAAAGCAGGCUUCUCCAGGCCCCUGCCUGCACCCCUGCACAUCAAACCCGGAGACCCCUGGCAGGACCUCAUAAACAAAGAAAUCAAGGCAGCCUUCACCAAAGCUCGCCAGAGCUCUAGUGGGCCCUGGAGCUCAGGAGAAGCCGUGGCCCGGCCCUAAGGAGCAGACAGAGUGGGGCAGUGCUUGUACCAGCCUGAGGCUCCUGUAUCACUCCAUACCCCCCCACACACACCCUGUCCCACUUCUUACAAAAGA